ACUUUGUAUAUAUUUCUGUUAGUCAUGAAUUUGAAACCUUUCUCAACUAAAUCCUAGUUAUAACAUGAAAAUCCCUAUAAAGGGACUCAGGUCCAAGAUCCUCUUUCAGUUUUGAAUUUGAACUUUUGUACAUAUCAUUUACCCAUUAAACCAAAUAAAAUCCGUUCCUUUGUUCCUUCUGUUUCAUGGUGAUUGGAUUACCCCUGCGAAACCAUUUGUUUGGCAUUUUCCUUUCCCUUGUGUCUGCACGCUUGCUUUAUCAGUAAAACACCAUCAUUUCCCAUUUUCCAAUCAAGAAAUACCAACAACUCAUUUGGGCUGCUGACUCUCUUACAAAAUCCUUCGUUCGAUCAACUCAUUGGUUUCUCUCUCAUCUAUUUUCCAUGUCAGAGAGCUGCAACUCUCGCCACUUCUCGUGGCUAAUGAAAUCCUGUUUCCCCAACCCAAAUCACAAAUCUUUGAUAAUAACACCCCAACACCUUCACCCCGCUGUUUCUCUCACUCUCUCUUCCCUACCUGAUGACCUGCUUUUAGAAUGUCUUUCCAGGGUUCCUUCCUCUUCCCUCCCUUCCCUUUCUUUAGUCUGCCGCCGCUGGUUCUACCUCCUCCUCUCCCCUUCCUUCCUUCUCCUCCGCCGUCAGCUCCACCUCCUCUACCCUUCCGUCUUCGCCUUCUCCGCCACUGACUCCGGUGUCUUUGCUGCCACCCUCUCUUUUUCAUCACCUGACCACGGCCCUACUUGGAAACUGUCUUUAUGUCUUCCAAUGAACACUCCUUCACAUCACGGCAUCCCGAGGCUUGUUUCUAUAGGACCAAGAGUUUACAUCAUUGGUAGAAAUUCCAUGCUUAGAUACAACGCUUGGACUCAGCACGUUAUUGCUAAAUCCCCAGUACUUUUCCCUCGCAAAAAGUUCGCCUCCGCCGUCGUUUUCAAUAAAAUUUACGUAGCUGGUGGCGGUGGUUCUAAAGCUACCUCAGCCGUGGAGGAAUACGACCCAGAAACUGACACGUGGCGCGUGGUGUCUCACUCGCAGAGACGGCGUUAUGGGUGCAUAGGUGCAGCAGUGGAUGGCAUCUUUUACGUGAUUGGUGGGUUGAAGAUCGGUGGCGCGUGUGGAAACGGAGGUGGUGGGGUGGAAGCCCACGUGUAUGCAAGUUCAAUGGAUUUGUAUGAUGUGGAGGCGCGUGUGUGGUUGCGGAGCAGGGCGGUACCAGGAGGCGGCUGUGUUGUGGCAGCGUGCGCCGUAGCCGGAUACAUAUAUGUUCUAGCAAGCCACGCGGUGGAACUCUCUUUUUGGCGGUUCGACGCGCGGAGAAAAUAUGACGGCAGCGGUGGCGGCGAAGGGUUUGGAGAGUGGUGUAGAAUGAAAAGUCCGCCAAUGCCAACUCAAAUAAGACUAGACGGAACAGUAAGAUUCUGUUGCGUUGGGGUUGAGGAUAAAGUGAUUUUGGUACAAGUUGUCGGAUGCAUAGAUGACUUGUUGAGAAGAAGCGGAAGAAGCCAAAGAGGACUAAAAGAAGGGCUUGUUUUGGUGUAUGAUAGCGUCGGUGGCGAGUGGAGUCGAGCGGCGGAUCUACCGGAGGUUAUACGACGCGCCGCCUGUGUGAGUGUGGAGUGCUAAUUGGCACAAUUGCUGCUAACUUGUGCCAUUCGAUAGCCUUUUGGUGGUUUGUGUUGUGUAGCAUGAGAAGCAGACAAAAUGAUCGUGUGUAACAUGGA